CUCAAAUCUACUAUGAUAGUGUCUUCUCACUCUAAUGUAGAAACUUCAACUCCAAAUGUGUCCGAAAAUCAUCACUCGACUAAAUAUGAAAGAGUAGAUAUUGAUGUUAAUGAUUAUGUUGCCCUAGAGUCAGUUACACAUACUCCAAUAUGGCAAUGUCCUAUCAAUGCACGAGAUAAUAUUAGAA